GCGUAUUUUGCGAUGGAGAACUACUACGUCUGUUCCAGAGAUGAGAAAGUUGAACAAUUAUUUUUUCCAGAGCAAAGAGUCAGUUCAGUUGCGGGCGCUAUGUCCGAGUGAAGAGGAAAUGAGACAGCCAUAUUGGAGUUGGCCACAGGAUCGCCCUGCUGUUGUCUCGACAGAGUCAAUUCCUUCUUCAUGUGGUGAUCUUGAUGAGUUGAACAAGGUGGUAAGCUUGUUGAGGUCCGAGUUGUUUCAAGUAAAGCGGGAAAAAGACGUCCUUCACUUAAAGGUCAUACGGAUGGAAAAACUGUUGGACCAAUGUUUAGGUCCUCAGUUUGAGCAGGAAGUAAGGAGGGACCUAGCUUUACUGAAACAGAGGACGAAUCGUUGUGUCGUCUCACAUCUAUUUAAGGGAUAUGGGGAAAUGGAUGACAUUCAAUGGGAUGAAGGGCCAAGUAACAGAAAUGAGGGAGAGGAAAAGGAAGAGGAGGGGAUUGAAGGGGGUGAAGGGCCAAGUAAUAGAAAUGAGGGAGAGGAAAAGGAAGAGGAGGGGAUUGAAGGGGGUGAAGUGCAAGGAAAACCAAGUGAGGUAGACGAAGGGCAAAGGAAAAGAAGUGAAGGAGAGCAAGUGCAAGUAAAAAGUAGCAAAGGAGAGGAAGCCCAAAGACAGAGCAGUGAGGGAGAGGAAGUGAAAAGAAAAAGCAGUAAGGGAGAGAAACUACAAAGGAAAAAAAGAGAGGGCAAGGAAGUUAUGUUGCUUGGGGGUGACAUUGGCGAGAGCACGGAGGGGACACUGCUUGAGUUUACUGUCGGGGACAUUGAUUUGGAUGAACCUACAGCUGUGCUAUCUCAGUUGAACGUGUGGUUGAAUGAUAAGGGUAAAGCUGGGGCACAAGGGGUCCAAUUACGGAAAAGGAAGAGGAUCAUUCCUAUGUGGAAGAUCAUUGAAGGCAGUGAAUUGGUUCCAAAAAUUGGGGCACAGACAACUGGACUGAAGAUGUUAGACCUAAUGAAGGCGAUUCCGCAUGAUGAUCUGGUAAAUUUGCUGAAACUUUGUUGGGAAUGGCGCCAGGACCCAAAUUUGGUGAUGCAAUUUGGCAACGUGGAAGCUGAGAUUGAAUUCUUCGCUUCCCUCGUGAAAGCUGAUGGUUGGCUGAAAGGAGAUGUAAGUGUAAUUGAUUAUGCAUUUGUUUUAAUGUACAUAGAUUAUGAGAUUGACAAGAAAAAUAUGUUGCAGCACAUUAAUUUGGGGUUGUAUCUCAUCCGGAAGCGACAACAACAGUUGGAGACAGAUUCGGUAGAAAUAGCGGACUGGACAACGACCGAUGUUUUUUUUAUGGUAUGUCAUCGGCCUUGACCAAGUGCCGUUAAUAAUUACACAUUUUCCAUACACACACUAGUGGAGGUGUUUAACCAUUUAUUGUUUUGUA